ACAAGACUUCGUGUAGAGGGGGCUGAGCGUCGUGAUGCCAGUAAGGGUCAGAAGAACGCGGCUUUAGUUGACACGCGGCGUUCCGAGGCACGUUAUGUAUUUCGCAUCCCCCUUCGCGCUGAUUUACAAGUUCCGAGAACGCGUUAAACGUUGCGUAAUCAGCACAACGUAUGAGAUAACCGCGGUACGAGUACAGUGGGAUGUUUGAAGUGAAGUGACAGAAUCGAAAUAUAUAGUACUGAUAUAGAAGGGAAAUGCUCGAGGAACCUUGUUGACGGUUAGAGAACUUAGAGAACGCGAGAAGUGGACUCUGAAUGUGACUCGAUUCUGACUUGAAAUUGCAGUAGUGCUUCAGUGUAUUAUCCACACCGAAUACAAGAAGCGCCGAAGACUUUGCGAAAAUAAGAAACUCCCGGGGCAAAUGCAGGAAGCAAAAGAAGAAAAAAACGAGGAAAAGAAGAAUGCGGCCAAGGCUGUAACUCAACCCAAUUAAGUAGUUUCCGGCGGACUCCUCGACGUCACGACGUCUUGCGUUUCAGUCUACGAUUUUUCAUCGCGUCAACGAUUAUCUGGAAAAGAAGAACCAGCUAUUUUUUUUCUGUCAACUUGUGUUAUUCGAGGAACCGACUCAGUAUCAGCUACACGAGCGAAACGGUUUACAGUGUAUCUUCAGAAUGAUGGUUGCUGAUUAAAAUUAAAGGACUUAACGAACGUAUCUCACCCGUGAAACCAUCGGGAUUCCUUUGGCGUGUAAAAAAAUGUAUUAAAAAAAUUGUACGGGUUCAGUGAGCUCGAGGGCUGAAAACUGAAAAUAUGAUAGGGGCAAUAUCACGUUACGGACGUCUGGCUCACGAGCAAAACAUAACCUAAAUACGAGAGCGUUAAAGUGGCGAAGGCAGAGUACUUGGAUAUAGUCAAAACGUCGGUGUUCAAAGAUCAUGUCUACUCUGGCCACGAAAGCACUGUCGCCCUCCGUUGUGGGGGAUUUCACUACCAGUCUGAUGCCGACAGUGACGAGAGUGGAUACAAGGUUGGAAGUGAGUCCAGUGUCAGUGGUACUGGCAGUUUCCAUAGUCUUCAUUCUAUCGCCAGUUACAGUCAGCGAAAACUCCAUAAUACUCGCAGCAUUCUACAGAUACAAGCGGUUGAGAACAGCUUCCAAUUGUCUACUGGCGUCCCUGGCUAUUAGUGACUUUGGGGUUGGGGUCUUUAUGCCUUUUGGAAUGCAUCUCGAACUCUCGGGGUUGCCUGAGAACGGCGUCUCAACCCUGUGCAUCGCACCCUACUGCAUUGUAAUCGCUCUCUGUAGCGUGAGUGUCCUUGUAACAGUAGCCAUUGCUGUUGACAGACUGACGUCCCUUGCGCAACCAUUGCGAUACAAGAACAUAAUUACCCACAGCAGUGUAGAGAAGUACAUUGCUGUUUUUUGGAUAUACGCCAUCGCCGUAGGACUUUCACCUUUGAUCUACGCACAGAUAAUGGGGAUUACGCAACCGCACAGCGGAAGUUGCCGUUUCGGUGCAGCUGUCUCACCCCCUGUCAGGGUGUUCCUGGUAGUGGCUGUUUGGGCGCCAAGUGCACUCGUGUUACUCGGCUGUUAUAUGUACGUCUACUUGGUUGCACGUGCGCAUGCACGUGCCAUUUACACGGUCGAGCUAUCGUUUCGACAUCAAACGCAGACACUGACGCUUCCGCGUUACGGGCAGACAUUGGCAGUCACCGUGGGAGCAUUUCUCAUACUCUGGCUUCCGUUCCAAACGUGUAUGUUGCUGGACAUCUUCUGCGGUACGAAUAUCCUCUCGGAGUGGGCCGUUGUCUGGCUUGGUCUUCCGAUUCUCGCCCACAGCGGAGCAAAUCCUUGGAUUUAUGCUUUUCAUCAUGGCGAGAUGCGAGUCGCUGCUGGUAAAAUUGCAGAAGAUCUUGUUGCUCUGUUUGGCGUUACGCCUAGCCGCUACGGGUGUUCGCUUACACGAAGAGAAUCGAAUACAAAUUUGGAACUGGCCGAGGUUAACAACAGCAACGAUGGCCGAAGACACCCGGCUGAAGAUUGUUUCGCUGCCAAGCAAAACACUUUGUAUGCUAGUCGAAGAUGUUUGGAGAUGCCUAGCAAACACGCUGACAUAUCUCCAGAGAGAGACACGGCCCAGCAGUCGUGCUCCGACGGUACACAAGGCGAUAUAGUGGAGGAAGACAUUCACGACCUGACCAAGAUGUUAGAUCCUAAGUACAUAAUCGAUCGAAAUCACGUAAUCGAUUCCAAUCAUAACAUAGACAAAAUUAAAAAUCUUAAAUAUUUGCUGGACCCGACGUUCAACAAAAUUCGCCAUCUGCGACGGCUCAAUCACAAGCGAUUGACAAGUAAAAAUUUCCCAAAGUUCAGUGACCCCAAAUUUAUAUCCUAUCAAAACUUGAAGAGCGACGGAACGUUAAACAGAAAGCUUCUUCAGCUCAAUACAAUGUCCGAUCCGGUACUUAACGCUGACAGUCCAUCGGUGGACACAAAAGAUUUGACUGAAGUUCUUUGCCACCACCCUGUGCUCUGUCAAAGAAGAAACUCUAAUCUGGCGUCCAUGUCUGAUCCUAACAUUAAAGCAGCCACUGGCCACGCCUCCGAGAUCAAUCUCAGGGUAUUUUCCGGAAGUAGGAAUACCUCUGGCGAUCACAGAUAUUCUGUACAAAAUUUAGAUCACAACAGACACGAUCAUAGUCUUGCCAGACAUGCGAUGCAAUGUCGUCAGCUGGAAAACCAAAGAAAGUUGAACGGUCACGUACGGCCUCGCGUUAAAUUAAACAGUACAUCGGAUUACGUGAGUCCCGCGUUAGAUCUGAGACUUCACAACACGAGCGUCGCAUCUCUGCCAACACCCGAAAGUGUUAGAUCAACUCCAAGAUCCAGUCCGAUGCAAAGAACGUCACCGUCGUCAAAGUACAUGACUAUCACACCAAACAAGCUAGCUAAUUUUUGUUAUUCAGAGCCAGUGCACAAUGUGCGAUAUUUGGAACCAAGAGUAGAUCCAAUUUCACGAUUACCUCGAGCCAAACAGAAUCCUUUUAUGUUGAAGCAUUCCGAGUCCAUAAACACUAUAGAACCCAUGACGCGCGUUAGGUUUCUAGAACCAUCCAGAGUACCGGAUUCAUUAACGGUACCAACAAUCCACUCGGAACCGCCAAGUCCGAUGGAUCCUCUACCACUGGACUCUCUUCAGGAAGAAGAUACUUCGAAUGGCUUCCAAUCGAUAAAUCCUUGUACGGAUCUAAUGAUAGAGCCAUUAAGACCGCAACCUAUCAACCGAAACCUAAAGAGCCCAAUAAGACACUCUGAUCCCAUAAUACCAUCAGUUCUGCUAAACAUUGAGGAUUGUAGUGACAGUCGGGUAUCGAGUAACGAUAAGCUGUACAAUGGUUGGUCCAAUGAUUUUCUAUCCAACAGUUCUCCAGUAGAUCCAGAAGAGUUGUCGAAGGCCUUGCUUAAAAAUUCCGAGAGGACAAAGCUCCAGGAACCAAUAUUCUCGGAACACGAUUCCACGAGGUACAGUUCACGAAGGCCCUCGGACUCAAAAUGGUCGGAGUCUUCGAGGAGUCAAGAGGUUCUAUCAACCGUAACGGAACACCAUAGAUUCCCGUCCUCUUAUUCAGUCAAUAACUUCCAGAAUUGCACCAGCGGCAGUGACUUGAACGACGUCACGUGCCUUGAUCCAUUCAUGUGUCCUGACGCCCUUAGCUCGUCGCUACGGGAUUCCUUCUUCAGUGCUCCGUCGGUACCUGAUUCCGAUAUAUUCACGUCCUUUGACGAGGGUGACGAACACGUCUUCUCACAGGAGCUCGAGGUCCUCGUUUCACCGGCAGUACACUCCUCCAUGUCGAGCACAAACUUAAAGAGGACACAGGUCUCCGUUAGAGAACUUCAGAGCAAGUCAACAGAGUCUGUUUUCCGAAAACAGGGCACGCCUGUGGAGUCCUUCUCUAUCGUAAGACUAGAGCCGUCUGUUCAUAGAAGUAGACCUCUCGUGAGACCCGGCAAGGAUUAUAUACUGAAGGAUCCAUCCAGAAGAAACUUAAGAUUGGCGCCAUUGGCAACCCCGACUCCAACCGAAAUCUCUACACCUACUUUUGAUGUCGUCCCAGACAUGGCCAACGAUACAGCAAUGGGUGUCAGAGUAUAAACAACGCGAUAGUUUCUAAUGAAUUGCAAAUAAUUAUGUGCCAUAUAUUUAAAUAUAAAGUCAUUUAAUUCAUUGAAAAUUCGCUCGUGUUCCGAGUGCUUCGGAAGCAACGUUAACGCUAGCGAUUGAAGAACUUGUUUUCGUAAUCUAUCGAAUUAAAUAUCGUUAGAUUCAUAUCGAUCAAUCGAUAAACGUAUAUCCAUACCUAUUUUCACGUAAUUACUAGUAGAACUGUAUGAAUAUACUUGUAUCGAUCUGUGAACGAUCUUGCAACGAACACCCGCGAGUUUUACGUCACGUAAUUACGCUUCAUUUUAAUCUCAUAGAGAUUAUUAAAAAAGAGAGACUUGAAGAAAAUUCAGUGUUCGAUCGUAGUUGAUUAUAUAUUCGACGAUCGAUGGACAUUUUUGUAGAAGUCACGGAUAUACUCGAUUAAUUCGAAUAUUAUACGAACUUAUGCAUAUAAUUCAACCCAUUGAACUUUAUCCUACGGAAAUGCAUGGGCUUGCCAGAGGCUACUUUAAAUUGCAUUAUAUACGAUCGGAAAUAUUAUGUAUUACAUAUAAAUAUAUACAUAUAUAUAUAUAUAUAUAUAUAUGUAUAUAUUUAUAUGUAAUACAUAAUAUUUCCGAUCGUAUAUAAUGCAAUUUAAAGUAGCCUCUGGCAAGCCCAUGCAUUUCCGUAGG